ACCGGCUGUGAGUCCGACGGAAGUUUCUUCGAUGAGAGAUUAGAACAAUAGUUCAUGAUCGGCACCCUAAGAAAUGUUUUUCGCAGGUGCGGCAACGGGCAUUGCGAUGUCGAUGCCAGCUUGCGAAGCUGUGGCUUCCAGCUCUACUUGAUCACCUUGCUCCACUUGAAAACCUUCCUCGAUGACCUGAAAUCGGCUCGUCUUCGGUUUCAGAACGCAGGUAUUCUUUUGACGGUGUAGGCGUGAUGUUGCCUUUUAUCGGGGAUUUUGAAUUCAAGUAGACGAGCUACUGUCUUCAAAAGAAGACGUUCCAUUACAGGCUGAAACUUACUUCAUCGAAAAUUCAGCUGUUCAGCCAUGGCGUUAGGAAUUGGACGAGAUAUAGAGGCGAAGCGUUGGCUUCGUUGCAUGAUAUGGCAGUCAGCAGGAACGUCAGCAGUAUGGAUAUUUUGGCAUUGCAUGUUCUCUGGGAACUCCAACAGAUUCUGGUGGUUUGUGCCCUCGGCUUGGUCGAGCUUUUGGUUCCUUGUUUUUCAAGCCUCUCAGUUUCUGUUUUUACUCGGGAAAAUGUUCGUGACAACUUGCCAAGAAAGAGAAGUAGCAUCUGGGUUGGAUCUAGUUUCAGGUGUAUGGAAGCUUACAUGGAACGUCUUGGUGGGUAUCUCAUGGGAGCCUGAGGAUGCGCGGCACUUGUCCUCAAAAAUUAGUAGAAUUCGGGACCAAAUCAUUUUCACCUUACUAUGUGCGAUCUCUGGGUUUUUCUCGCUUGUUUCUCUCGCGUCGACGGAAUUGAGUCCGGUCAGUAUCCUUGACAUUGGUGUACGAGGCGCUUGGCUCGGCUUUGUGUAUGCGUGUUUCUAUCUUUACCAAAAGAAGCAGAUCCUCACUUUUCCAAUUAUUCAGCGAAGUUUUGCUUACAGCCUGAAAAUUGGAAGUUCUCGCCUGAUCAUUACCAGUGCGAAACUGGGCGUGUUGGUUAUGCCAGUAGCGGAGAUUUUUUCGGACUUUAUCAGUACUGUGCGAAGGCAGUCGCUUCAUGAGAUUUUGGCAGAUGGAUUAUCCUUAUUUUUUUGGCAGCAGAUUGUUUUGGUUUUUGGUGCUAUCUGCGCAACUUUAAGUUGGGAACUCUGCCAUCACCUAGUCCAGGUGAUUCUGACUAGAAGGCAUAUAUUUGCACCACCUCUGGGCUCUACGUUAGCUGAAACUCAACCAAGUGAACAGCUCCUCUCAAUUUUAGAAGAUGUCGAGAACCUUUCCCUUGUCCAGCACCUUGCAUACCUCGACUUAUGUAUCGUCGCUGAGAGAAACGUGGAUACGUGGCGGAGGACUGCUUUCUUCGAGGAGUCCGGAGAGACUUACAAACGAAUUAUUAGUGCGUGUUUAGGACCGCUCGACAACCUCACGCUGCGACUUGCGAACGGUUUGGAGAUAUUCGAGACCAAGUCUGGGGAUUUUCUGAAGCAACUUGUGUUAUCUCGGGGUCUGGAUAAAAAAUCUGAGAGUAGUAGCGUCAAAGAGAUAUUUAGGGACAUUCAGUUGUGUUCUUGGUGUGCACGAACUGUGGCGUCGUUGACAGCAACAUCUAGGCUGGAAGACAGAUACGGGGUAGCUCAAUUAAGCGGCUGCAACAAGGCCACGCUCUCUUCUCUUUUAUCUUGCCUCUUGGUAGUAGAGGUUUACCUUGGACGUAGGAGCAGUGCGAGAGGGGUGGGCUUCGUUGGUCCAAAUAGUAUCAAAUGGACCGUUCCUUCACAAGGAGUUGUCGCAGACGUGGUUAAGCGCAAGGGCUCCCCAUUUGGAAAAGGCUCCUCAAUGCAUAAAAAGGCGUAUGCAUUAGCUGACAUCCUGCGAACCUCAAUAUACCAAAUUAUAGCCGUCUUUGGGGAGGAAAUAAUGGUGGGAUCUAUCAGUAACAAGGGUCUUGCUAUUGCAGAAAGAGAUUGGUUGAGCCAAACAACCCCUCUCUAUGGAUCACAUGAAAUGCACCUCCAGAAGCUGGGUCUCUUUCUAGAAUACCGCGUCAGUUAAGCCGAGCAUAUACUGUGCUUGUCCUUCUGUGAGUUGGGAAUGCCGCAUUACCAUCUGCACCGAGGAAAAUGGGUUCUUGUUUUCGGCUCCAGCUGAAAUAUUUGCUCUUUUGAGUAUAACUCCUCAGGUUGAAGUUGAUUCUUUCUUUUUCGUAACAAGGCCCACGAUGUAAGCAUUAUGGAUGCUCUCCUAGUCCUUAUAUUACAGCUUUAACUGAGAUCCAAAUUCUAUGAACAUGUAACUAUUCAAGAUCCUCAGAACGCCUGUAAGUUUUUUAGACCACUCUGUCCAUGUGUAAUACAAGUUUUGGAUAUCAUCAUGAGGUUUUCAUUUCUGGUAUUUAGACAAGCAUAGAUAGUCAAUUGUACAUCUUGGAGGUUUGGAGACCAUAGGAAACUUGAUGCAGGCAUCUACAGAUAGGAGGGUCAGAGAAGCAGGAGCUAGUUCAGCUGAACUUAUGGAGCCUGGUUACAUCUCGUUACGGAGGUGCCACAUAUUUCUUUGCUGUAGAUUUAAACAAUGUUCCGGAGCACUAAUGGAGGUGGAACUGUUAGACUGGUUUGAGAAAGGUUUCAGUGUUUCCUACAGACAAAGAUAUGACAUUUGUGGUUGUCUCUUGUGGACGUGAUAUUGUGUGAAAGCAGAUAUCUUGUACAUGAUCCAUCAAUGGCUAGUACGUGUUGUUUAUUUCUA